AUGACUGAUAUAAAGAAACCUCGUCCUGACACUCUCCUCAAGACAAAGUAAGUGGUAUUUACAGCAGACUUUAAAAACACAAGGUGUACAUGCAUAUACUCAUGAAUGGCACGUGUUUACACAAAGCAGCUUUUCAUUUAAGCUUACCAGGCCUAAAGAAGCCAUUAAUUUGCUGAUCAUAACAAUUUUGGUCCUCCUUUAGUUUCGAAGUUUCGUCCAAAAUCGAUGCAUUUUACACUGGAGGCAAAGUUCAGGUCAGUAUUGAUUUCUAAUUCAUUGUUGUUAGGACUUUCAAAGUUAGACUACAAUGUUAGACAGAAUAAAGUGGAACAGCAAACCCCCAUCCCCCCAAAUCAAGGAUGAAGCUGUGCAAAAGCCAAAACAUGCCAUUUUCCCAUCCUUGAUUUUGGGAAGGGGCAGAUUGUCCAAGAUUGCAGAUUCUAGAUUGAGUGGAUCAUGUCUUACUGGGGGUGUCAACCAAUGUAUCAGCCAACAUCUUGGUCGACGGUGAGUCAACAUAACCGUCGCUAUAUCGUUCAAGUGUCGGUCAAGUAUCUGUUGACAGUCAGUCAUUAUAUCAAUCAAGUGACACUUUAUUGUCAGUGGAGUAUCGGUCAAAAAUCAGUUGACAAAUCAUCCAACAAGUUGGGCUGGAUAAUAUCAGUAGUGUGUCAGAGAUGUAUUGGUGAACUGUUGGUGGAGUAUCAGUAAGGUAUUGGUGGUGUAUUGGUUGAUAAUUUGCAUUGCCUGUACAACUUUUUUUUCCAACCCUCUAUCCCAAAGCUUUUCCCUUUGUUUCAAGGUACCUGUCAACUGACACAUGAUGGACACGGUUACUCACUACAGAUUGAUCAGUUACCAAAUCGCAGGCUAUUUUCAUGCAUUGGCCGACAUUUCAGUCAUGUAUUAGUCAGCAUAACAGUCACUAUAUUGGUCGAGACUUGGCUGAUUUAUGGAAUGACAGUCAAAUGAGGUAUCAGCAGUUAUCUUGACUAAGAAUGUGUUGAUGAUCUGUCAACCAACCAUAGACUGACUGUCGACCAAUAGACUGUAGCAGCCGACUACAUGAUCUGAAUGACCAUCUUGAUAGGCUGCUGUAGUCUCCUUCCCACCCAGAGUCACGCCAUGCUCAUGGGCAGGGAAGUGGGGGCAGAGAGCAUUGUGUGAUUCCAGCCUGAGCAGCUGCAAAGGAGACCAAGACUGCUGCCGCAAUUUUGGAGUUGUCAAAUUUAGAUAUCGGGUGCUUACUAUUUAUACAAACCACACAGGUGGAAAUCUUGUACAUAAACAUAAAACAUAAAAUUUGACAUGGUGGGAGAACAAUCCACUACAGCGUAUAUCCAAAAAAUUAAUCAGCUGAACAGACUAAAAAAAUUGAAGAAAAAUUGCAUCCCCACAGUUCAUGUUUUCUGAAGCCCCCCAAAUAGAAUAGCAUGAACCAUUUGAAUUUCCAACCAGAAUGGCCAGAUUUCCUAUGUAAGUGGUAAGUACCCAUUAACUUGGAUAUAGAUGUUUCGAGCAACAACAAUUUGCUGUCUGUCUCCUUUGAAUUAUACAUAAUAACUUUGAUGUUGGACAAACCACAGCCUUGUCCAUGCCACUAAUUAAGACAAGCUCACUGUGCAUGUUAUGUACCAUAUUUAGCGUUUUAAUAUUUUUAAGCCCUGGUACUGGGAAAUUUUCACCAUUAUGAAAGUUACAAGUUUCUUAUUACUUUUUGGCUAGUUUUCCUCUGAAGAAGAUCACUUAUUAUGUACCUGCAAUGACAAGAUUCAGGUCAUUCACGUCAAAUCUGGAAAAGUUGUACAAACAUUGCAGGAGGUAAGUGCUUGUAAAUAAAGCUAUUUUUCCUGUCCAUGAAGUUAAUGUACAGUUAUUGUAUUUAUAUCAUUAAGAAAUAGCUAAUUUAUUUCCUCAUUGUUCUCAACGUAGGAAGGCGAUGUUGUGAGUUGCUUUGCUUUAAGCCCUGAUGACAAGGUAUGUUACAUUCAUUUGAUUUUUCAACUAAGGCUCUUUGGUGCUUUUGAGGAUCGUUCAUUUUUGCUGCUUCUUUACAUAAAUUAAUAAAAUUAAUGAUCACUUAGCUUUAAAAUUGGUUCUUCUGUUUCAGUUCUGUGUCACUGCCAGCAAAAGUUUGUUGUUACGACAGUGGGACUGGAUGAAUGGAACACAGAUAAGAACUUGGAAGGCACGAAACAGUAAAAAUUACAUGUCUACCAUACACUUUAUUGUCACUCAGAUACAGGCCACUAAACUGCAUUAUUUUAUUCUAGAAUGCUUUGAGUCUGAUAGGCAAUUCAUAUGCGUAAUAAAAAUGUUAUGCCCAUUUUUCAGACUCUUUUUUUAUCUCUGUAUUAUACUACAUAAGCCCGUGCAGUAUUGUUCAGCAAUGCAUUGUUUCUUCUAAUCCUAAUUAGCGUGUAUUGUAUGAUAGCAUUGUUUGUAUGCCCAUGGGCUAAGUGUUAGUAGCAUAAACUGUAGAUACACACUUGAGUAGGACAUAAUCUAUUCAUUUGGAAUGUACACUUCAAGGACACAAGUCGUGUCUGAAACUCACUUUUAUAUCAUUACAAUGUCUGAAAGAGUAGAUAUCAAGUUUAUUUGAGAUUUUGACCUUUAAAUUUAUUGCACUGUGACUAGCCUUCAAGACAGGAAAAAAAGCCUUGUUUAAAUUAGUUUGUUCAUAUUGUUAUCGGUAGAACUAAAUAUAAAAUGUUUCCUUCGGUAGGCAGUUCACAGAGCUCCUAUAGCAUCCAUGACAUUUGACUCAACAUCAACACUAUUAGCAACUGGUGAAUAUAUUUAUUUCUUUAAAAUAUGAUUCAGCUACUUGCUGGUGAUAUUAUUUGCAUAGAUGUUCUUACAAAAUAAUAAAUUAGCCAUGGAUCUUGGUAAAUAUUGAAAAUCUGAGUGGUUCUUGGGCUGUGAUAUUUUGCAUAUUUGGUCAUGGAGUGGCCAUGUUUUCCUGAAGGUGAUAAAACUAAUAUAACUUCUAGCUGGUACACAAUAAAAUUACUAAUGUUCCUUCACAAAUCAAGAUAAUUCUCUAUAAUUCUUAUUCUUGAUUCAACCAAUAUACAGGCUUCCCUGUACUGUGAAAGAUAUCACCUCAGAUUAUUUCUUAUAGCUGAAAAGUCACUCCAUGUAGAUUAUUCUCUGAUAAUAAUAAUAUAUUAUAAUAAUCAAAUAUUCAAACAGGAUAACCUUUCUUUAGCUGUCCCAGUUGAGGUGGUUGCUUGUACUGCAUUUUUAGCUUGUCCAACAGUGAAAAUGCGUGAACUCGGAUUUUUGCUUGUACAGUACAACUAAAAAAUGAGCGACUAAUGCACACUUAGGCAGCAUGGAGUCUAGUCCUGUUUAGCUCAAGCAAUGUCUCUGAAAGUUAACAAACAUUAUUUCCAGCAACCUCUUGAAUUUAUUGUGGCAAAUAAUGUGAUCAGACUUCUUAAGUAACAAAAACAUUCCUUUUGUUGUUUGAAUUCAUAGGUUCAAGUGACAGUACAGUCAAAGUUUGGGAUAUUAUAAAACAGUACUAUACACAUAACUUUAAAGGCUCCUCCGGUGUGGUAAGGUAAGUCAAAUCAGUGAUUUUUUGAUAAAUAGCAAUUCAGGGGGGAAAUAUUAUUAUACUAGACAGGUCUUUUUUGAAACUUCAAGUAGCUGGGUAAAUCAUUCAAGUAGAUGGGGAAUCAGACAGCUAGGGAUUUUGUUUCGUUCUGUUUUUCCUCCAUUUUCCUACAAAAGUAGGCAGGAGUGACAUUAAUAAUAGCUGGGGGAAACUCCCAGCCCUUAAUGACACCCCCCCUAGACAAUUUCAUCAUGAGUAUCACCAAAAAAUAUUCUUACAAUCAUCAUUAGUAGCCAUUGGAAGUGUUGUUUCACAACAUGACUUAUCAUGCAAAGGAGAAAAACUGAGCAGACUUUGCUAUGGACUUAAAAAGGGAACACAACCAACUACAAAGACAUUAGUAAUGUAUACCGGGUAUAUAUUUUUUUCAGCUUAGUUUGUUUUCAUCCCAACGCACAACUUCUCCACCUUUUUUCUGCGUCAGAUGAUUGUAAAAUACGAAUCUGGGAUCUUAAGACAAGCAGGUACAUAUACUAAUAGUAUUUGUCAGAGACUUAAUGCAUUACUAGUAUGAUUAAUAAUUUUAAUGCUUAAUGACGAUGCAUGUAUUACUGUAAUUGGACUAUUUGAAUGUUGUGCAUAAGACUGAAUCACUAUGAAUUUUUUUAUAAAUAUAAAUUUCAUGGAAAUGUUUUUGGAAAGAUAUCACUCAUUCUGUGUGCCACUUACAGGCUAUACAGGAACUUGGGUGAAAAUUUGUCCCCAAACCAUAGUCCCAUAUGGCAAUAAUUUAACAUGCUAUUGUGUACAACUACUGUGGCCAACAAGAUACUUUGUUUGAUCAGGCUUAUGGCAAAUGGCAAUAAUAUUAUGUGACCUUAGCACAUGUACAUGUACAUACACUAACAGCGAUUAGUGGUCUCACUAGAGCCAAGAGGGGAUCUGCCCCCAACAGAUGUACUUGAGCAUUGUUGAGGAAUAGAAGAUUUGAGAUCUGAGUGCUUGACAAAAAAUCGUCACAUCAUUAUGUAUCAAGGCCAAAUUCCAGGUGAAAUAACUAGACUUGUCUGGCGAUGUGAGUGGGAAAACUCCAAAUGCUUGGGCCACGAAUAACUUGAAGCCUUUAUCAUCAAAAGUUUGAGAUUCGGAGCAUAACCUCCUUGUGCUUGGGGUCAUAUGUUUUGACCAUAGAUAAAAAAAACUGGCAACAAAGUCGGGUAGCUCCAACUUCUCGAACUCAUUUAUUGGCGCACCUGGGGAAAAUUCUUGGGUCCAGUAAAUAGCUCUCUUCUUUCUGGUCAUUCUGGACUUUGUACACUUGCCCCCAUUGAUGGCUUCUUUUGAAACAGCGUUGUCAGGUGAUGUCUUGCGGAGUUUCAGAACCUCCAGCUCCAAUGCCAACGUGUCUCGCUGUAACUUGACAGGUUUGAUUUUCUCUGUGAUGGAAGUAAAUGAAAAGGUUUAUCGUCUGGCAGAGGUCUUGAAGGGAUGGAAUUAAUGGUGCUGGGUUGUUGCUGUGGCAAAGGCUGGGGCAUGGGAGAGAUGCCUGCAGGGGCCAUUUCAUGAUCAAUCUGAUCUAUUCAAAAGUGCAUGUAUUGAAAGUCUGGGUCUUUUUUCAGUUUUGAGAUGUGGCUGGAGUGUUGAAGAGAGACCGAAGAAAACAAUUGAGCCAUUGAGAUUUUCAAAAGUUUAAAGACAGUGAACUGAAUAGUUCAAACUGUUCAACGCAAGAUAAUGACGGAAGUUCUAAACUGAUCUUAUUGAAUCUUACAUGUGUAUAAUUGACACUUACAUCAUUGGACAAUCAUCAAUUCUCACUAAUGACAACUAACGCAAUUGCACUGAAUUACUGUAAAGUACCAUGGAUAGGAGUAGGUCAUAGUUUUCUGGUCUUACUGGUUUUCUGGUAUUUUUCUAAUGUGAAUGUUAGGUGUCUUGCGGUGUUAGAGAGUCAUUACAGUGUGGUAACAUCUCUUGCAUUCUCUCACUGUGGACAGUAUGUGGUCAGGUAAGACCAGCUUUAAUAUGAUUUAAACUCUAAAACAUUAAUGAUUAUUGGUCUGUGUGUUGUUAAAAGUUAAAUACAUGAUCUCUUUGGAUCUGUUUUUGUGUUUAAUACAUUGCAUGGGAGAAAUUCAUUACAAAACUCAUUAUGAAACAUCAAAGGAGAUAAAUGUAACUUGAUAUAUUAUUUCAUACAUUUUGUAGCUCAAGUAGAGACAACGUUUUAAACAUGUGGAAUUUAUCUAACAAAAAACUUUUGAGGACAGUCCCUGCUUUUGAGGUAAGGUUCACUUUUUCACAAAUAUUGGCUCAAACAUUGAGUCGGUAUUAUAUUUAAUUUGUGUCUUUGAUUCAGUUAGACACCUUUAGUAAGUAAUGGACAACUUCAGAGGAGAGUCUGUGAUUUAAAGUGAACAAUAAUUAUUUAUUAUCAAUCUAAUAAAUUCCCCUGAGAGGGGCCCAAUUCUUAAAAGACGUGCUAAUCUGAAAAUAGAGUUUAACUCUAAAGUUACUUAAUUUGCUUCUUUGACAAAGGCAUGUUGUUUUAGUAUGAGACCAAAGGCUGCUUCAUGAGUCCAGCUUUCAUUAAUCAGCCUUUCCUAACAAUAUUCCUUAAACUUCAGAUUAGCCUCUUUUUCUGUUUAAAGCUUGAUUUUCAUUGUUUUCAAAUCUGAGUAUCGGUUAGCUUUAAAUCAUUGGCUUCUGAAUUCAGUUGUAAUAUUACUAUACAUGUAAUUCCAAAGAAUUGCACCCAGAUGAGGCCAAGCCUGCACAUAAAUGCGUAUUAAAAUUUAUCUGAUGGCCGUUUUUAGGAUACUAUGGCCUGAAAAUGGUGUCUGCAGCACGAGAACAGUCAACUGUAUAUGUAAAAUCUAAGACUUGACUUAUGAAUUAUUUAACUAGGGAGUUGAGUCAGUUGUUAUGCUACCCAUUGGAAUAGACUGUCUUGGGUGUAAUGACAAAAGCAUAGAAUACUUUAUUACUGCAGGAAGCAAAGGUACUGUACAAUUACACAUGAAAAUCAAUAUGAAAUUGCAUUGAUUUAAGUAUUGUAUUAUGCAUUGUAAAAGAUGUGAUGAUCGGAAUGUUAAAUGUGUGGAACAAUAAAAAGAUCUCGAGUCCUGACAGAAUUCAGACCUAACACCUCCUUAACACUGGGCAGCUACUCCAUCCACUGAGUUACGGACUGAGAGACUCAUGGAUAGCAAAGCCAUAUAUGUACUAGGUCUAUCUUUGACUUGUGUAUUCUGCAUACUGUUUGGAUCAGCGGCGUCAAGAGUAUAGUAUGAAAUAAAGAAAGAUAGUGAUGAGGAUUGUAGGUGCUUUAUCCACUUAGCUAUAGUGAGCGUCAUUGAGAGCAAUACCAUAUUUUUGGGUCAUAUUUCAAAUGCGUCCUACAUAAUUUUAGGAUCAGCAAUGUUGAAAACGUACUGUAUUAAAAGUCUUCAUCUUUCUUUUUUCAAAGUAUUUAUGUCUGAUUUUAGUAGAAUUGUACUACAUUAUUCAUACCAUAGUGUUGGUCUGUAUUUGUAGGCCAGCUAAGGGUCUGGAAGUUUUCAGAUGGCAAGUGUGUGUUUAGUAAAACAAUUCUGCAAGCUAAAAAUAACAAAAACAAAGAGAGCAGCAAAGAUGAGAGUGGACAGCAGAUUGUACAUGCCACUCUAUGCCACACCUUGGGAAUGAUUGCAGUGGUAACCUUCGAUCAUAACAUUGUACUUCAUGAGCUUGCAUCUCUCACAAGAACUAAACAGGUACCGCCAAUUAAAAUUAAUUUGGCCCUACAAUGAAUGAAAUGGUAUUAUAUAAACUGUCAAUUUAUGGUACAAACAUUGUCCCAAAUCAUUUGGAAUGACAAAUUCAAUGUAACUUCUCUACUAUGCAUAAUGAUAGUAAUGAUUAAUACCUACAGUAAGUAAAGAUUCAACCCUCAUUACCUACAAUAUUAUUCUCCUCAAUAUUUCUCAAUAUUUCACUAUUUCUACAUUUGACAAGAAAAAGGAAAUUUAUACUUGUCACUGUUGUAUUGUGUCUUUAGUUUGUAGGAUACAACGAUGAAAUACUGGACCUAUGUUUUGUUGGUGCAGAUGAGAACCAUUUAGCUGUAGCUACUAACAGCAGUCAACUAAGAAUUUAUGACUUAACAACCAUGAACUGCCAGUUAUUAGAAGGACACACAGACACUAUUUUGUCUUUAGAGGUGAACAGCAAUGGCGAUAGAUUGAUUACUGGUUCAAAGGUAAUCUGAAAUUUUUAUUUUUAAUUAGUUUCAUAAUAAGUAUUUUUGCACAACCAAAGUGGCUUUGUUCCUUGUAUAAUACCUGUGAGUUAUCUAGACUUGAUUAACUUGAAUUGUUUACUUUGUCGACAAAACCAAGUUUUCAAGUUUCACUCUUCUACCAAAUGCAGCGAUCUACACUGAAAAUUACACUUUUGUUCACCUUUGUUCACUGAACAAAUUGUAGCAUGGGUUUAGACUUAAGGGGUCUACAUGUAGGUUGCUUCCAUCAGGUUAAGACUGUCAAAUAGUAAUGCCAACAUUUUAUCGUCAUAUGUAAUUUAUUAUUGUGAUGACAUAAUGUUGGUAUUAUAAUAUUAUUUCACACUCUCAACCUUAUGGAAGUAACCCUAAGACCCAAAAUGAAAUGUUUUUAAAGUUUCAGUGUUUUAUACAUGUACUUAGUCUUGUUAUCUGGUUGCACAUGAUGUUAUAAUAAUAUUGUUUUUUACAGUUUGUCCUUUUUUAUUUCAUGAUAGGAUAAUACAAUUCGGAUUUGGAAGAUGACAUGUGAAACUGAGUUUAAGUGUGUUGCUGUUGGAGUGGGGCAUACCCAUGCUGUGACUACUGUCGCAUGGUCCAGGUAAUAACUUUUUCCUUCAGCCUUUAAACUAAAUUAUUAUUAUUAUUACUAUUUAUGCUUGUAAAAAUGCAUUUAGCCAGGAUUGAGUAAUAUAGUCAUUAGUUUACCAAUGAAUCUUUAUUGGCAAGUGUAACACAGUGACCAAGAAAGAUUCUCGUUUAUAUUACAUAUAUGUUAAUGGGUGUUUGUUUGUACAUUAGGCUUAGCAGCAGCUUUGUUGCAAGUGGGAGCCAGGAUAAUACAAUCAAGAUAUGGAAUGUGCCUUCUGUUGUGGACAACGUAUGUCAUGUCUCUUUUGUACUGUUUUAAAAAUCCCUAACUAUCAAAGAAUACUCCAUCACAUGAGCACUUUCCUUUUUUUCAUAAUUAAGUUUUCCUAAUAGCAGGUAGUUACAAUCUCAGACAAAAAUACUUAGUCAAGAACACUUGCAAGUUUCUUAUUGACAGAGAAGGAGUCGAUCCUUCUGUUGUCCACAGUGCUAUGUAAAGGGUAUGUAUUCCUAAUUAGUAGCAGUCUUAAUGUCUUGCAGUGAAUUGUGAUCCAUUCAUUGUGUAUUUCCUUGAGUCUUCAUGAUACAGUAGCCAGAGCACUCUCCUUGAGGUUUUAAAUGGCUGUUGUUUAUGGGGGAAAAAAGUGUUAUCUGCUAGCACUCCCUUCAGUGGAUUCUUCACAAGGUGUUGUACCUUGGGUUUAUACCCCUAUCCAAACACAGAAAUUUCAACCACAAUUAGCUAAAUUAGAGGUAUUUUCUCUAUGGUGAAACUGUUUGUAGGAUGUGCCAGUCAAGAUGACGGUUCGAUUCACAGAAAAGGCGCAUGAUAGGGUAAGCUAUUCUACAUUUAAUACCAUUGAAUCCUUGAUUCAAAGUAAAAGCACUGGAAUCAUUUGGGUAAGAGAUAAAACAAACAUACAUAGAUCCACUGAUCAGCCACCCAACCAAUAACUCUAUUCCAGGUUUAUUACUAUACCACUGCCAGCAGUCAGCAGUGGUUUUACAGGCUUUGAGUCUCUUGUAGCAAAUAGUAAACUUAAAACUAGUUGCACAUGUAUGAUCAUGACUCAAAUACGUUCAAAUUACACAUAAACUUCAUUUUUGCUCCUCUUUAGCUAUUACAGUAGCCUCUUAUAGAUUUAAGAGUACUAAAUAUUAAUUACAAACUACAGUUUUGAUUGAGAAAAUUUAUGGAGAAAAUUAAAUCUAGGUGCAUAUGCUUUGCUGCAGGAUAUCAAUUCCAUUACAGUUUCACCAAAUGACAAGCUGCUUGCUACUGGUUCACAAGAUAAAACUGCUAGGGUAGGAAGACUGUAAAUUAUUGUUUUAUUAUUGAUACUACUUUUCUUAUUAUUGUUCUUAUAAUUGUGUUAUAAUGCUAGACAUUAAACUUAUUAUAUUUUUAAUAAUGUUUCAGAUGUUUGUUAAUUAUUGUUGAGCAUUUUUGCAUUUUUUGUUGUUAAUGACCCAAGCUAAGGCACUGAUGAUACUUGAAGUAGAGUUGCAAUUAGAAGUGAUCAUGAUUGUUUUUGUGCAGUUGAAAACUAAUUAAUACUCUGUGAUCAUGCUCUCAAAAAUUUGGCCUCUCAAGCAUGUGAGGAUAGGGUUUUAGGGAAGUGGGCUAGAAAAUUGGGGUGAGGGAACUCCCUUGGUUCCCAUUCUAUAUCCCUAACCACAUUUUUUUGACCCAAGAUACUAGAAGCAGUUCAUGUAAUAAUAAUAAUAAUAAUAAUAAUAAUAAUAAUAAUAAUAAUAAUAAUAAUUUUUUUUAAUAAUAAUACAAAACUUUAUUCAUAGAUUUUAAAAAAUAGACUAUUUACAGAUUCAAGAAUAUGAAAAAUUUUAAAUGUAUAUGUUGUAGUUAAUUUUUUGUCUCAGUUAAUUUUGUUUUCUAACUAGUUAAUUUUUUUCCAACUAGUUAGUUUUUUUUCUAACUGGUUAGUUUUUUUCUAACUGGUUUAUUAUUUCUAUCAACUGUCUAAAAAGGGAUUUUCUUUUAUGGGGUGUGGUUAAAAAAUAGGGGCGUGGUUUUUUAGGGGGUAUAAAAACAAAUGAAAUAAACAUUGAAACAAUUGGGAGAUGUCUUUUGAUUACUUUCUCCAUUCCCCACUGAGUCCCAUUACUCCACUCACUACCCCCAUUUACUCUACUACCCCUCUAUUUUUUAUUUUUUAUUUUACUACAACAUUUGCACUUACCAAGCCUUGAACUCUCACCUUCUAGACUGAACUCGCUGCAUCUCAAGGACUAUGCGAUCUCCACUAUACCACAGAGGCUCUUGUUCCAAAUCACUGAAAAUUUCUAUUAAUUAUCUCUUAUUCGACCCAGUCCCACCCCAACCCAGAUUUAAUUUAUGAAAGCAUUCGAGCAUGCGCGUUGCCUAGAAAACAAGACUUAACACGAUGAAGGUUUUUCGAACUCGGUAACAUUCGCUUCGAAAUGGAAGAUUGUGUCCAUGAAAAAACUUUCUACGAAAAGUUAGAAUCCUUAAAGCCCGGAGAAAGCAAAGUUACAGUUUAUAUCGACGACUCGUUUUAUGAAAAUGCGAAGAAUUAUCUGCAAACUCUUCCGAAAUUUCAACAAGGCAAAGAACAUGAAUCACAUGCCGAACUUUCCAAGCGUGAUAUCAGCACUAUAAAACGGAAAGGAUGGACUCUAAAGGGCGAAGAAAUUGUUACCGCAAAUAACAAGGUCGUUGUACCGAAAAGUAAGCUGCACAAAGUUCUCUGUGAAUGUCACUCUUCGACCGCGCACCGCGGAAGAGACAAAACCAAUACUUACGUGAAAGGUAUUUAUUCUGAAAUACCACAACAAGUUGUAUCUUUGUUUACAAGUUUGUGUAAACUGCAUGCCCAACAGAAGAGCACUACCGACCACAAAAAGCGACCGAUAACAAACCCAAUCAGUGCUGAAACGUUUAUGUCCCAUAUAGAAAUUGAUCUUAUCGACUUCAGAAACGUCAAAUGUUCGUGUACUAAUAGCCAUCAGUGGGUUCUACACGUAACUGACCACCACACCAAGUAUUCUUGGUUAUAUGCUUUGCACAAUAAAACGGCAGAUGAAGUGUUAGCAAAAUUAGAAGAGUUAUUUUGGCUUUUUGGAUUUCCGCAAACCCUGCACACCGAUAAUGGUAAAGAGUUUAAAAACAAACUAAUGCAUGAAUUCUGCCAAAACCAUGGGAUUAAACAAGCACAUGGUGCACCGAGAAAACCACAAACACAAGGCCUUGUGGAGAGAAAUAACAGGACUAUUAAAGAGAACUUAACAAACAUACUUAAAGAGAACCAAGCUGAUGUCACAACAUGGUGUUCAAGACUGGGAGAAGCAGCUUACAAGAAGAACAUUACCAUCCACAGAGCUGUCAAGGAAAUACCAUAUCGACUUGUUUUUGGAAUUGAUCCCAAAAAAGAAAAGAAGUUGAAUCCCACCCAAGAAGAACAAGAAGAAGAUCAGCUGUCAGAGAUGGCAAAUACAAAUGCGCCAGUAAAACGAAAAACCCCACCCACUCCUGAAUAUGAAAGCAGGAAAAGAACAAGAAUUGAAGUCAAUUCACGCAAAAUUGAGUACAAUGAAAAAAUGAAGAAGUCCAGGCAAAAGCCUCAAACACUUAAUAUUGGAGAUUUUGUUAGCAUCAAAAUUGACCUAGUAGAUAAAAAACCUUUUUAUCCAAAUGUGCUUAUGGGAGAAAUCAUUGCAUUUGAAAAUGAAUAUGCUAAAGUUGCUUGCAAAUUUGGAAUUAUUACCACCCUCAUUUCCCCAGCUAGAUUAGUUAAAUGCCAAGCAACAAAUAUUAAAAUAAGCAAGGAUAAGGAAAUCACAUUCACAAAAGCAAGCAAAAUGGCAAUAGAGCAGUAGAACAAUAAACUUUAUUUCACAGUUGUGUGUAAAUUCAAAUAUUUAUUGAUGUAUUUAAUGAUUGAUGCACAUCAACAUUGAAUGUACGCGGUAGACAACUCAAUUAGAACGGAAAUGACAUUAUGUCAGUGUUGUAAUUAACACCAUGUAUAGUAGUAUAAUGCAGUAAAGCCAAUGUGACUUCUUACGUUUUUCUGUGAUUACAAAUAUUAAAGGACAUUCAACAUGUUGUUAAAUAGAUCGUUAUUGAUCUUGGUAAAUGUGAUGAUAAUGUGAAUUAUUCCAUGGAGAUACUCAAUACAAACUCAAUUUUCAUGAAGAAGCUAACCCUAACCCUUAAUGAAAGCCAACCCUAACCCUAACCCCAACCUUAACCCAAAACUUAUAGCUAACCCUAACGCGACUCAAACAAACAAAAAAACCCUUGAGCAUUUACUUAAAAAAGAAAAUAACAGGUUUUAUAAAAAUAAUUUGUUGCAAAAACAAAAAUCAACCAGCCAAAAAAAAUGUAACUAGUUAAAUUAUUAUUUACGUACUUAGAAAAAAAUAAACUAGUUAGAAAACAACAUUAACUGAGACAAAAAAUUAACUGCAACAUAUACCCUAUGUAUAUAUGUUGCAGUUAAUUUUUUGUCUCAGUUAAUUUUGUUUUCUAACUAGUUAAUUAAAAAAAAAAAAAUAAUAAUAAUAAUAAUAAUAAUAAGAGGAGGAAGAAGAAGAAAGAUCUUUUUUACAGAUGGCCUGGGUCACACAAUGUGGUUUUCAACAGGGCACUGCAUAUAAAAAAUAAAAUUGCUAAAAUACAGUACUAAAAAUGACAGAAACCUAAUAAUCAAAAAUCAAAUGAACUAACAAAAUUUCAUACCUAGGAAAACUGAAAUUAAAAAAAAAAACCUUGUAUUGAGAUUUAAAAUUUUUAAGUUAUGACAUUUUAAACGCAUUAAAAGGCAGACACCUCAUCUGUACCGAGAGGGAAUUGUAGUCUUUCAAUGCACCAUUAAAGGAUCUCAGCAGUCCCCUGUUAGUAUUUGAUCUAAUAGUUCCAAUAGUUUCCUUGGAGCGAGAGUUAUCGCUGUGAUAGUCUAAACCUCGAGUAAUCGUCACUGCUGUUUCUUUCACUGUCAUUAAUAAAUAAUACAUAAAAAGACAGUGUUGUAUUUGCUUUCUGGUUGAUAGAUUCAUCCAUUUUCAGAUCUGAAACUGCGUUAGUGGAAAAAAAGAAUGCAGUGCUCAAUCCAGAACUAUCUUGGCUGCCUUACUUUCCAUGACCAUUGGUGACACAGAUCUUCCUUGCAUAAACUGGGAACAGAUGUUUGAUCAUGUAGAUGUUACAAAGUUAGAAACAAGGCAAUAAUGAUAAAUUUGAAUUAACCUGUAUUAUGUUCUUCACCAUAGAUAUGGGUUAUAGCAAGUGGUUCAUCGUUAGGAACUUUACGUGGUCACAAGAGAGGUGUUUGGUGUGUAAAAUUCUCACCUGUGGAUCAGUGCCUAGCCACAUCAUCUGCUGAUUCCACUAUCAAGAUAUGGGCCUUGUCUGAUCUGACAUGUGUCAAGACAUUUGAGGGACACACAAGUUCAGUUUUAAGGAUAUGCUUUAUAACCAGAGGGAUGCAGCUUAUAUCAAGGUACAGCCUUUAGUAUUGAACUAGAAGGUGGAUUGUAAAUUAAUUUUAAAAAAAGUAGCAAAACAAAAUAAUCAUUCUUCCAAUAAAACUUUGCAUUCAUUUUAUAGCCUGAAAAAGCACCACUCCUGGUUUCAGUUUCCUGGUCAUCUGAGGAAUGAAAUCCUCUAGGUGUCCCUUUGUGGCAUUUUUGGACAUACAACUUUAGUGAUAUAACAUCACUUACAAACAAAUUGCACUUCACUAUACAGUGUAACACUGUCUAGCUGAAAGCACUGAGAUUGCAAUUUGAUAUGUAACAAUUGUUAUUACUUAAUACAACUUGAAUGUCUUUCCACAUGAUAGACCAACUUAACUGAAGUGAUGGGGACUUCCACAAUAAAGACAACUUAUUUUCCUGAAAGCUGGAGUCCUUUUAGUGAUGUGGUUACUGCCUCAGCUGCAGUUGUUGCUGUUGAGUGAUUUUGUGCGUUUUGAAAUGGUUUUGCACGUUUGUUUUACUUUCCAGUGGUUCUGAGGGUCUUCUCAAGUUAUGGACAAUAAAAACCAAUGAAUGCCUCAAGACAUUUGAUCAGCAUUUAGAUAAGGUAACAGUAGUUCUAAACAUCAAAACUGAAAUUAAACCUAGUAAAAACAGGAAAGAAUAAAAAACAUAAAAUAUCUUGAAAAAAAAAAUGUUAACAUUUUAAGAGGUGUUACUUAAUAUGCUCAUCAUGACAUAAGAUUGAGAUAAAAAAAAAUUCCAGGGGCCCAUUUCUCAAAAGUCCUGGUAACUUUUUGGGCCCAAAGGCAAAUUUUAAAAUAGAAACUGUUUGAAUAGUAGCGCAGUUCCUACCUCACAAAUUGGUGAAUUUUGCUUCAUUAACUGAUAGUUUCAUUUUAUUAUUUACAAAAUUAUUGAAUUUUUGAUCUUGAAUGCAAACAUAGCAAACAUAAAACAGUUUUUCGGGCCUGAAAAGUGUUCAGGUCUUUCAAGAAACAGGCCCCAGGUCCUUACAGAGACUUGUUCUUUAGAGACUGUGCAAACCAUCCCAAUUUAAGUUUUAACCUAGAGUUUUAAUUAAAUUGCUCUUGACUUUUCCCAGUGAUGUGAGAUAUUUGUUUUGAGGCUGGGACAUGGAAGGGUGAAAGGGUAGACUGCAGGGAAGGAGGAGACUCAGAGAGAAAGGCAGCUGUCAAUCAAAAGUUGUAUUAGGAGUUAGUGCAAACUUGUGUCUCCUCUUUCCUUUGCACUUACCUCUGGCUCUGCAGUCUGAGACAACUGAGAGUGAGUCAGGGUUUAAAGACCAUUUUAUUAUUAAAUUACAGUAAUUCUUAAAGUAAUUAAUGACAAAAACUGUUUAAAAAUAUUAUGUGCGCUUUGUAGGUCUGGAGCGUAGCAGUUAAUAAAAGUCAAGAUCAAAUUGUUUCGGGAGGUGCUGAUUCAGUAAUUAACGUCUGGAAGGUAAACAACUUUUACUAAUAAUCUGAACACAGCAGAAAAAGAAGCAUAAAUAACAGUUUCGAUUAUCAACAGAAAAUUUUUGUUGAUAAUUUCCGGGUUUGCAGGAAGUCUUUUUUGAGGGGAUAUUUUUUCUAUUUUAAUGAAGUACAUGUAUGGGCACGAAUGUAGGUAAGACCAUAUUGAUUGUACUACAACUACCAGAACUCUUCAGUCUUUCUUUAUCCUGUAGUCAUUGUGCAUCAAGGAUAUCCUUCAGCAUAAAACCUGAUGUGAAUACAGCACGAUAAGAUUGUGUUUUAACACAUGGGGCCCCAGCACUAGUGUAGGGUUGUUAUUGCUCCCCAGUGGGGGGGGGGGACCUCUGGAUUUCAAGUGAGGGGGAUGAUUGAAGGACUUUUUGGGUUUGAAUUUUUGAUUCUUCUGGGAUUAUUUUGUGGGUGGAAAAAUUUGGCAAGUAUUUUUGGGUGUCUUGAUUUAAGUAGGGAUAUUUUGGAUAUUCAAACAAUCCCAAGAUUCAUGAUGGUGACCACAUAUCUCCAAAAUUUAUGAGGCUUGGAAAUUCGACAUGGGAUUUUUUUUUGAGGUUUAUUUUUGGUCCAGGGAUUUUUGGGGGUUUUGAUAUUUGCUCCCAUUCGAUCAUCCCUGCAGUUUGAAAUCCAAAGUACCCUCCUUGGUAUUGCUCUCUCAGGUGUUUUGUCUUAUUGUCAUUUUUUUUCCUUUGCCAGGAUGUGAGUGAAACUGAGAAGGAAGAAGCACAAGCUGCAUUAGAAGAGAAUGUGCUAAAGUGAGUUCUGUGUGAUAUUAUUACAAUAAAUAUUAUCUUUGAAUCAUUUCAAUAGAACUAUUAAGACAAAGUGUUUCAACUUUCUGUUUACAGUCUAAUCUUAUGUUUAUCUUAAUCUGCUUAUCAGAGUUAUGUAAUUACAUUAAUUUAAUGAAAAGAAAGUUUGUCUGCUCUCUAUUCAAGAUGACAGAUUAAAUCUUGCAGCUGAUUGUAGACGAAAAGUUAGUUAUGUUGAUGAAUUAAUUUUUCGUGUACAAUAACAGUUGCUUGGUUAAUGUUCAAUGACUGGACAAACCUGUUGGCCUUCAAAAGAGCAAUCUGAUCGAAUUCAAAGAUGCAUGGAAAAGGAUCCAACCAUUGUAGUCUUAAUAUUGCUCUAUUAAUCAUGGAGAGGGAUGCUAACCAAUGUAGUUUUAAUGUUGCUUAUCACAGUUAAUGAACCAACCAUUGUUACGUAGUUAUAAUAUUGCUCGAUACUGUUGGUGAAAAGUGCUUGGAGGUUGUCAACCGAUUCGGUGAUAAUAUUGUCCCAUACUAAUCAAUAGUUAAAGAUGGCUAUAUUAAUGUAAUGGUAAAAUGUGGAUACUUUGAGAGACAACUUUUUAGGCCAACAGCAGAAAUUUAAAAUAUUAAAAGUUAAAACAAAUCCUAUUGAGCCAGUUUGAUUGUAAAUGAAAAUUUGGUUAUAUACUGCAAUUAUUACUAGAAACUGAAUCAACUUGUUAGCUGUGCUAAAGGUGCUUAGAUAAGUAUAUAUAGUAAUAAUAUAUAUUGAGGUAUACUGAUCAGUUAAGGUAUGUGGUCUGUGCUUGAGAGAGCGCUUGUCUUGAAAUUCAGAGUUCCCGAGUUCAAGUCCCUCCCUGACUGCCAGCUGGGUUUGUUCUCGGUAGUCCUGAGUUGAAAUCCUCGACCACACUUGCAAAAAGCCAGCUGGUUUGCCUCCAGCCAGUUGUGAUUCUUAACCCUGUUAUGUUUAGUGUAGAUUAUUUGUUUUAGCCAUAAAAUUAAUAUCCACUAGCAUUAGCGCUAUAAAAUAAUACUGCCGAGGGUGAGGGUGUAGCAGUUAUCAAUAUUGUUUCCUCUGUUCAUAAAUAUCUGUCUUUGAGAUUUCUUAGCUAAACCAAAGUGGAUGGAAUUAUCACUUAACAGCCGACAGCUAAGUUCUUUGUUGAUGCUUUUAAAAUACUGAAACUAAUAACAUACUAGAUUGGUUAAAUAAUAAUAAUAAUUAGUAGACUACAUUACUAACUGUAUAUUGGCAUUGAAAGUUAUUAAAUUAAUAUUAAGUGUACACAGACAACAGCGGCAUAUCAUGCAUGAAUCAUUGUGAUGUAUUUGUCUUGUAGACAGCAAGAGUUGUCCAAUCUCAUCGGUGGUAAGAAAUACCUUGAGGCUAUAGCUUUGGCUAUUACACUCAACCAGCCUUUUCGAGUUCUUAACAUCAUUAAAGGUAUCUGAUCUCAAACUCAAUUUUUUCCCUUUAUUUAAUUAAACAGAAUUAAAUUAUCACUUGACAAACCACAAAGAACCAUCUCUAGAGGGCUAAAAAUACAGUCAAACUCCACUCAAUGGAUACCCGCUUAAUGUGGACACCUCGUUAUCACAGGCCAUUUGCUUUGUCCCCAGGGAAAGAAAGCCCUUCCUUAUAUUUUCUCUAAAUUCAACCCACUUAAUACCCGUGGACACUUUCUAUGGCCCCCUCAGUGUCUCCUGUAUUAGGGGGGUUUGAUGGUAGAGUCUUAAGACAAGAUGUCACACCUCAAUUUCAGCAUUUGUAACCAUUCUGUAAUAAAAGCAGAAGGGAUCGGGCAAGUAAUAAUGAAAUAAUGUCCUCAAGAUUAAGUUGUCAAUAACUAACUGUGGCACUGAUAUUAUUAAGUUAUCUCACACAUUUCUUUUAGGUGUCCAUCCAUAGUACUAUUUUUUUGUAACUAUAAAGGUUAAAUAUUUUAACAAGAUGAAUAUUGUUGCCCCGGAGGGUUGGUUACUUGUACUCAAGCUGAUUUGGAACUUGAAUUUAGUUAGUGAUUAUAUGUUUGCACUUCACUGUAGAUGUUCUUCUUGUUCAGAAUGGAUUGGAAGAAUUAACAAAGGCUGUCACAUCUCUUAGGGAAGAUCAGCUUGGUAUGGCCAGUAUUAAGUCAGUUUUUAUUUUAGCUAGAUAAAUCGCUCUAAUAUACUUUCUUAAAAUUAUGCUGAAAAAAAUGACAUUGCUAAUUCUUCAAUCAUGAGUUUCCAUAUUUAUAUGAAAACUAAGCUUUAGGCUUAUCUUUUUAAGGAUGCAUUUUAUUUGUAAUUUUUAGCGUUAGCAUGAAUAUUAUUAGUAUUUGCUUAACUUGUUGUUAAAUGAUAAGGUAGAUUUUAACGUAAUUAAUAGUAGCAAAAGUAUUGUAAAACACCAUGGACAAUUAAUGGAGUAUGGUGGACCAUAAAUGCAUUUUAAUUUUUCAUUCAGUUUACCUUAUCUGUGUUGUAGAUGUCAUCUUAAGGUUUCUUGUGGAAUGGAAUACCAACUCCAAGAAUUGUCAUGUUGCCCAGACAGGUGAGAAUUGAUUUACUAUGGGUUGAAGGUAUCUUUUCAACCUGUCCCUUACGAAAUAUUAGAUAAUUAACAAAUACAAUACACAAUUAUUUCCGAAAUAUUAUGAUAGUACCAAUACGUUAAUUAUGGGGUGUAUCCUAGCUACCAUAGUUUGGAUUCUAUUAACUCUCUCUGAGAUCUUAUUUCCCCUCAGUAGUAGCCUGUUCCCCGGGGGGGGCACUUGGGUAUUUUUUGGGUGGGUAUGUGCCGCCCGGGACUCCAAAAUGGCACCCCGUUCUGGAAAAUAUUUCCCCUAAAAUUGAUACCCCGUUCUAGAAAUGGGCCAAUUUUUUAUACCCCGUUCUAGAAUUCGCCCCAAAACUGAUACCCCGUUCUAGAAAUGGGCCAAUUUUUUAUACUCCGUUCUAGGGUGCAACAAGAAUACAACGGUUUGCUUGUUAACGCAUUGAACCGUAUUUUUAAAAGCAAUCUGUCCUUGAAUACUUUCAAAUGGCUGCCAACAAAAAUGGAGCUUUCGUGCGUUCGAAAUAAAUAUACCCCAUUCUAGAAAACGCCUCUGAAAUGGAUACCCCGUUCUAAAUCAGGAGCUUCAAAAUCACGACCCCUUUGGGCGGCACAUACCCGUAUAUGUAAUGUAUGGGAGUACCCCCCCCCCCCCGGGCCUGUUCCAGGCUCUCAGAUAGUAGGGAAGGCAUGAAAGAGCAGGGAAGACGUUAGCGUGGGACCAGGCUCUGCAGUCCCAAAUAAAAUCAACUUUUGGGCUUGUUGAUAAUUUCACCAUUACAGUUAUAAUGACUCUUGAUGGUGACUGUACCUCAUGUAACACAAAGUAUGUCCUGAGCCAUGCCCAUGAUUUGUGUAUCAGGGGAGGGCUGGGUUGAUAUGGGAGAGACUGUAAAAAUGACGGUUUCCAGAUUUAGAUGUCCAGAGGGGUUGGCAUCUCCGUUACCCCCCUGAAAGUUUAUAGCUGAGCGAGUGACAAACUGAAUUGCCAACGAGAACUACCGUAAAUUGAUCUGCAGUUCACGGUCAAAAAUCAAAUUGGUAGUUCUUUUCUUGACAUGCUUAAGUUGUAUGUACAUGCAGCACCACCUUUAUGUAACUUGAGCUGUGUAUAUUUUUCUUUUUAGUUCUGUCAAUUAUUCUUAAAAACAAGACACCAUAUGAGUUGAUGAACAGGUCGAAUAUGAAAGAGACUGUGGAGGCUCUCAUCCCUUACAGUGGUUUGUUUUUUGUUCACAGUAAUUGUUUUUCCACUUGUUUGUACAGCCAAGGGCUUUGCUGGAAACUUUUAUGUCACACAACUUGUUUUAAGUCAUUUGCUUUCCUUUGUACUAUGUAAUAAAAGUUAUCCCUAGCAAGGAACCAAAGGAAUCAAGACCGAACCUUUUUAGAGUUAAUUUGGAGUACUUAGCAAGUUGCUGUUGUUUUUUCUCCAGCGAUCAUAUUGGCUGCAUGGAAAAGUCUAAUAGCCUGCAAAUGCGGACAUAUUUCUGGUCGUCGCUUCACCUUCUCUCUGAAGAGAAGGGAUGAGCAAAAAUAGGUCUGCGUUCGCGGGCCAACAGCCUUUCACAAGAACAAGUUAUUACACGGUUGUACCAAUGAGACCAAUAACAAAUCCUUUUGGUCAAUGUUUCAGGAGCAAAGAAAAUCUAUUGCUCAUCCUUUACCAACCAACACUUGUUGUUCCUCCUAGUAAUGAUCCCCUUUUAAUAAGCAAUUGAAACAGGGAUGUCUAUUUAACAUUGAUUUAAGCUAACCGAAUUUAUUCAUCAUUGCAGAAAAGCACUUUCAAAGGAUGAAUCGGCUUUUACAGGCAAGUUUGAGCUGUAAAGUGUUACGUUAGUUUCGUCUGUUUUGCCAGAACGUCAUGCUACAAGAGUUAAUAUAACUUACACUUGUACACUUUGUGAUAUUGCAUGAAAAAUAAUGCAGGUUAUGUCAAAAUUGGUUGAAUGAUCCAUAUUUUUGUGGCCGUGUACCAGUGUUCAUUGCAUUUUAAGGCAGAACAUUGCAAUCGCGAUCACCAAAGGAGUUAGUGCAUAUUCCAAAGCUUGAUACAGGGCAUGCAUUAUCAAAGAUCUCUUGCAGAUUUUUGUAAUCAUUGCACAAAUGGCAAGUCACACCACAUUUUUUUUUAUUUCUUUGAAAAUGACAUUGUGGUGUAACUUCACCUGUUUGAGAUGCUCCCGCACGUAAACGUUUUUGUCAUAAAUUGUCGGCAGUUUUAAUUUUAUAAGACAAAUGAACUUGUUUGGAUCAGGACUGUAGUGUAUGAUGUUGCAUUGAUUACGGCCAUUGCGAAAAAGCUUUCAAAAACAAACUGUCUUCAAUUUUGAGUUAGGUUUGGUCUAUUCCUUAAUUUGCUGGCCUCUUCUUGUUCAUUAGUUCUUAUUUUUUUCAACAGCAAAUGGAGUUCAUUGAGUACACCUGGCAAUCAAUGAAGCUUUCAGCUCCUCUCACCAGUCUCCCUCAGUAAACGUCAUUUUAUUGUUUAUUCUUUGUUUUGUGUAAUACAGUUCACUUUGCCAGUUUAGCUCCUCUCACCAGUCUCCCUCAGUAAACGUCAUUUUAUUGUUUAUUCUUUGUUUUGUGUAAAGCGAUCACAGUUCAAAAUUUGCCAGUUUAUGAAUAUAUCGUUUUUUUCCUCAUAAUCAACCUGAAACUGAAUGAAAAAUCCAUAUUUAGUUUAGUUGCAUUUAGUUGAAAUUUAUUUUAUUUAACUCCUCUUUUCCUUACUAUCGGUUAACAAAUUCAAACGUUUCCUCUUAAAUUUCUUUACAAAACACAUGGUAAACGCUUCAUUGUAAUUGAGACACUCAGGAGAUCAGGAUUGCAUCAUGUUACUUCAUUUUAUUUAUAUUGAUGUUUAAUUCCUUGAUGUUUAACAUUCCCCAGCAGCAGCCUUAGCUUGGGCUACGGUGAUAUGAUCACUUCGUGAAAAAGUCACUGUUGUUGAUUUUAGGAGCAUUGGAGAACCAUCACAAGUUGUAUCUACUAGCAGUGGUGCUGAGGACUGCAGACUACCCAGGAUUACUGAUAACUCACCAGAGGAUCAUCAGGCAUCUGAAAACAUUGAUUUACCAUCCUCUCCAGUGGAAGUAAACUACACAAAUGGCCGACAUACUCAGGAAACCUCAGAAGAAGAAGAGGAAAUGAAUAGAGAACACAUGGCUGAUAUUGAAGGAGAAACAGAGAUACAUGUCAUGAAAAAGCGCAGGAAAACAAAGAAGCUUCAUGAGGUAUUAUGAGCAGCGACAAGGAUAUUUGACUCAGGUGUACAACAGGGGAGGUUAUAAUUUUCCCAAAGGAAAGAAGUGGGUUCAAAGCUUGUUGAAGCUCUGAAUUUUCUUAAGGCUUCUUUUUGCAAUGUAACAAGUUCAAUGUAAGCUUUAACGCGCAUUCAUUCUCUGAUUCUGAACACCUGGAACAGGCUUUUGAUAUUAUGACUUUAUCAUUGUUGCUCUCACCAGUAGUGACUUGUUCAGGUUUGGUAUGUGAAUCCACAAGAUUGCAUACUGUAUAUGCUGGUAUUUUGUGAUACUAACUGAGGAACGUUUUUGUUGUUAUUUAUAGGAGGUUCCACAAGAAAGGAAGAAAGCCAAACAUAAAAUACAGCAAAAAAAGACAAAGAAAAUGAGAACUGAAACCAAGAAAGAACAGCACAAAAAAAAGCGAAAAACAAAAACUGCCUAAAAAUUCUUUAUUAGAUAUCUCUCUUUGAAUUCAUGUAAAUUAUUUUUCAAAUUCGAUAAUGCCAUGCAUCAAUAAAUAUGUUCAUAUGAAAAUCUUAAAAUAG